AUGAAAAGAGAAAAUAUUGAGGAAGAGAAACUAAUAGCAAUCAAGAAUCCAUAUCUCAGAUAUCAAUGUGAUGAACAAAAUGAAGCAUUUUGUAACAAUAUACUUAUGAUAGUCAAUACAUUUGUUAAUGAUACUAAUUAUCAUUAUCUUGUAUCUUUUAUUGGUUAUAAACUUCCUAGUGAUAGUGGUGAUCCAAAAGGACUUAAAUUAUACAUUCUGUGGAUUGCAAAAUUUGGAUAUGAUGCAAGUUUUGUGACCAAUGGGAAAUUUUUUGGAAAAGAUGAAAUUGAAUCAUGGAAAAGAUAA